AUGGGCUUCUGCUUACAUCUAUACAGGUAUCGCCCUCGGCCAGCCGCGGCAGACGGCGGUGUCAAGACACCCUUACAGCCAAAAUCCGUGAACGCCCUCGAUCGCCUUUCAAAACCAUUCAAAUGUCCGGGUUCUGCGACGCCAACUCGGGCAUCAGAAAAGCCAGCAAGAAAGAGACGAAAGGUCAACUAUGCAGACGCGGAUGGCAGUGUCGAGGACGGCGCGGAGAAGGCAUACACAAAUGACGACCGACUCGCAUUGGCGACCCGAGAAGUGAACAAAUUUCCCGUAUUUAAGCCUAAGGACACAGACACGACUUUCAGACAAAGGUUCCGGAUCCCGCUGGUUAACAAAGAUACGGGUGAAUACAACGCGGGACGAGCGGCUCCUACUUUGGGCAUGCGACAAGGUGCGACCUUCGUGGCCAAGCCACUGCAUGACCCUAGUGGAGAAUUUGCAAUCGUGCUAUAUGACCCGACCGUCGACGACAUCCCCGAAGACCCAAAGCCUAAAGACCCGGAAGAACCUAAAGAACAGGCUGAGGCUAAAUUGGAUGAGCCUCUGGUACAUAAGAGCUUAGCAGAUAUUCUUGGAAUUAAGAAGAAAGUGGAAGGAAGACCAAAGGUGCCUGUUGUUAUUGAUCCAAGGCUGUCGAAGAUUCUUCGACCACAUCAAGUGGAGGGAGUCAAGUUUCUGUAUCGAUGUACGACUGGCUUGAUUGAUAAGAAUGCAAAUGGUUGCAUCAUGGCAGAUGGUAUGGGAUUGGGAAAGACGCUGCAAUGUAUCUCAUUGAUGUGGACUUUACUCAAACAAGAUCCGGAGGCGGGAAGAACAACCAUUCAGAAAUGUGUGAUCGCAUGCCCAUCGAGUUUGGUCGGCAACUGGGCGAACGAAUUGACUAAAUGGCUGGGCAAGGAUGCCACCACACCCUUUGCCAUUGAUGGAAAGGCUUCCAAGGCCGAACUUACUUCUCAGAUCAAGCAGUGGGCCAUUGCAUCGGGUCGAAGUGUCGUCAGACCUGUGCUUAUUGUAUCCUACGAGACCCUUCGCAUGUACGUGGAUGCGCUCAAGGACACACCGAUCGGAUUGCUUCUGUGUGAUGAGGGCCAUCGACUCAAGAAUAAGGAAAGUUUGACAUGGAUGGCUUUGAACAGCCUUAACGUCAGCCGGCGUGUCAUUCUUUCCGGUACACCUAUCCAGAACGAUCUGUCGGAAUACUUUGCUCUGCUACACUUCGCCAAUCCCAACCUCCUGGGCUCGCAGAAUGAAUUCCGUAAGAGGUUCGAACUCCCAAUUCUCCGAGGCCGAGAUGCAGCCGGCACGGAGGAAGACCGAAAACUGGGCGAUGAACGACUGCGAGAGCUUUCCGGAAUUGUCAACAAAUUUAUCAUCCGUCGAACAAACGACAUUCUGUCGAAGUACUUGCCCGUCAAGUACGAGCAUGUGGUGUUCUGUAACAUGUCACAGUUCCAACUGGAUCUCUACAACCAUUUCAUUCAGAGCCCUGAGAUCCGAAGUCUGCUGCGAGGAAAGGGUAGUCAGCCUUUGAAGGCUAUCGGUAUUUUGAAGAAGCUGUGCAAUCACCCGGACCUUCUGAACUUGGCAGAAGAUCUUCCGGGCUGUGAAUACACAUUCCCUGAAGACUUUACACCCCCCGAGGCUCGUGGCCGUGACAGAGACAUCAAGAGCUGGUACUCUGGAAAGAUGAUGGUGCUGGAUCGCAUGCUUGCACGAAUUCGCCAAGACACGAACGAUAAGAUUGUACUCAUCAGCAACUACACCCAGACUCUGGAUUUGUUCGAGAGGCUUUGCAGAUCGCGUGCCUACGGUUGUCUGCGGCUGGAUGGAACGAUGAACAUCAAGAAGCGAACGAAGCUGGUGGACAAAUUCAAUGACCCCAAUGGCGAGGAGUUUGUCUUCCUUCUCAGCAGCAAGGCCGGUGGAUGUGGUCUCAAUCUCAUUGGUGCCAACCGACUCGUCCUGUUCGAUCCAGAUUGGAACCCGGCUGCUGAUCAACAGGCAUUGGCCCGUGUUUGGCGUGACGGACAGAAGAAAGACUGCUUCGUCUACCGAUUCAUCGCCACGGGAUCGAUCGAGGAGAAGAUUUUCCAGCGUCAAUCACACAAACAGUCACUCUCAUCCUGUGUGGUUGACUCGGCAGAAGACGUUGAGCGCCACUUCUCUCUCGAGUCUCUCCGAGAGUUGUUCCAAUUCAAACCCGAGACUCGCAGCGAUACGCACGACACAUUCAAGUGCAAGCGUUGUCGCGAGGACGGUACCCAGUUUGUGAAGGCUCCUGCUAUGCUCUACGGUGAUACAAGUUCCUGGAACCAUUUCGUCAACAAUGGAGAGAAGGGGCCGUUGGCGAAGAUCCAAGAUCUGCUUAUUCGACAGGAAACUGGCGAAAAGGAUGUUUCAUCGGUGUUCCAGUACAUUAGUCAUUGA